AUGUGCAAAAUUCGCCCUAAAGGUGUCAGCCCGGGGGUGAAAUCUCAAUUUUUGGCGGGGUCAAACAAAAACCGUGACGACGACCUGCUAAUCGCGGAUAACGCGCAGCCGCGGACGCUCUGCCCGGUGGAUGGGAGUUGUGUUCAGUUGGGCACGGCGCUGAACUGUUCGGAGGAGAUCCCAGCCGAUCUGCUCGACGAGAAAUGCUCGAUGCUGGCCAAGAGUUUUCUGCUGGCCGCCGCCCCGGACCGGAUGAGCGGAAUGAUGCACCUCUUCGACCAUGAGCUCAUUUUGAACGUAUCCCCGGUAUGGUUGGUGUUGGGCGUGGUGGCGUUGUACUUCACCAUCGGCGCGGUGCUGCUCUACCUUCCCCUCCACAACUUCCCCUACACCAUGUUCACCAUCGGCUGCUGCUUCAAGGUGUUCGUCUGCGGCGUGCUCAUCUAUGCCUUGCGCGAGCUGAAGCCGUGGCCGCUGAUCGAGCGGGGGUUGCUGACGAAUGUGUGGCUGCUGGGUUGUGACGCGUUGAUGCUGGCCGCGUCGGCGCAGUGGCUCGGCACCGGCAUCCUGCUCGAAUUCGGCGCCACCCUCCCACUCGACGCUCACGUGCUGUCCAAGUCGGCCCUCGGUAUCCUCGUGCACCUCGUCUAUGUGACGUUCUUCGGCGCCGCCUGCGCCAUUGGGUAUCUCGCGGAAUCGCAAUCGAUCGGCAAGUCCCACGGCGACGACGUCAUCGUGUGGCCAUUAUGGACAACGUUCACCGGGGACGGGAUGCAGCGCAAGGUGUCGGUCCUCUACACCACCGCCAUGAUGCUGAUGGGCAUGUUUAGUACGGUGGCCAUGGUGUACUUCUUCCCGCUGCAGCGCGAGUCGAAGCCCACCUUUCUGCGCCUGGGAAUCACGCUGAUGGGGCUGAUGCUGUCGAUUGGGGCCUGCGGUUUCCGUGCGGUCCGCGUGCUCGAACGCGGCGCCGACCUCUUCACCGGGAUGGGCUCGUGCAUCCAGCUGUGCGCCAUCGCAUUCGUCCGCGCCACCGCGUCGAAGGCCAUCAAAAUGCGCAACGACGUGCUCGACGAGGCCGGCAACAGUUUGCGCAUGUCGGCGGCGCUGCGUGAGAAGUGCUUGUCCGUCUCCAUCUUUCUUGGGCUUCCGUUUUCGGCGUUGAUCCUUGCGGUGUCCCUCUACCGCGUGGUCAUCCCGUUCGAGCAGGGCAUGUGGCUGCCCCAGCUUCGCCGCCAGAGCUACCUGACCAGCGAGUGCAUCACCAUCGGCAUCGCCUACAUUGCCGUCUCCGCCCUGCUGAUCCUGCGCCCAAUCGUGCUGUACUUCAUCGCCCACCACCACGACCCUGCCCACGUCGUCCCCUCAACUACGUCCGUCAGCAACCACAACUAU